GUCAACAUGAUGAACAUAAUGGCCUUGGGUGCAAAUACAAAUGUUUGGGGAAAUAACGUUGUUACCACCUUCAGCGGUUUUCUGCUCAGACAAGUUUAAGAGACAGUGAAUGACGAUAUGUUUCAUUUGUCACUAUAAUUACAAUUUUAACAGAUCUGAAAUUAGUGAGUAUUUAGAGUAUUUAAAAUGCAAUAUGUUUAUUUUAAUUCAUUUCAAAUCGAAAGACCUUUUUUUUUUUUUACAGUAAAAUUCAGUAGGAUUGUCCACAAGGUGUAACUUUUUAGAUUUCUUUAAAGCGCUUAUAGGAGGCUGCAACUUAGAUCAGAAUUAAAAAGCAGUUCAUCUGUGAGCUUAGUUUCUCUUCUGCUUUUCAAGUACAACUUAAAGCUCUGUUUUGUCUCAUCAUCAAUACCUUUUUUGAAAACCUCCUCUGUAUUAGUCCUUGUGCACACUGUAUUUUGCAUUUUGAAUGUGUCUUCUGUUGAAACUAAAAUGUGAGUGCAAGUGGUGUAAAGUCUCCUUGGCCUGCUAUUGUUAUUAAACCAAUUCAAUUUCCCAAUCCAUCAAAUGCAUGAAUGUAAAUGGAACAUAAAUUUGUUUCUACCCAUGACUCAGGCCUCUGCAUGGCAGGUUACAGACAGACCACUACAGAUACAUAGGUGUCUUAGUUCAGACAGAAAACAGCGCCCUCUGCUGUGCCAAACCAGUGUGGUGAAGCAGUGCAGGAAAUCUACUUCAGUUCUCACCUUGAUGGCAAGACAGGUUCACUUAAAGUUUGUUCCAGCUUUGGGGGAGACUGAGGCUGUUGGAUCGUGGAGCUGCUGUAACAUCUGAUGGUAGUCACAUUUAAAGUCUAAAAUGUUGAGUAAUUCGGUGGUGACUUGGUUACUGAUCAAAGAGCUCGUUGUAGAACAGACAAAAGGUGCCGUCAGUGAUCAGGACCUAAGAUGGUGGUCAGUGCAUUGAUCAGUCCAACAGUGAAAUGUACAGAAAACAUUACGUCUGUUUCUGCUGUUGGGAUAUUUGGUACAGAGUCAGAUGGUCACAAUAAUUAUAUAUGAUUGUGUCGAACCCCCCAACUUCUACUCCCAUUAUCAUGCACAACUUUACCUUAAAACACUGGUUCAUGACAGAAUCUUAAAAGCUAAUGUCAGGUUUUCAGUCAAGUUUAAUGUGGGUGUUAAUGUCCAGAUGAUGAAUUCUUAUGUUCAUGAAUCAUUUGUGCCACCAUAGUGUCAAACACUGAAUAUCCACCAAGAAACUGGCAGAUUGCCAUGAAAUGUUCUGAGUUCAAUCAUGUUCCCCAGAGGAUGAACCCUUUCUUGUAUCUUCGAGUUUGGAUACAAGAUCACUCAAAAACUAUGAGGUGAAUUUUCAUGUGUGUGUGUGUGUGUGUGUGUGUGUGUGUACAUACAUGGCUGCAAACGUGUUUAUCCCAAAACCUUUUCAUUAGACCAGAGAUGCAUUCAUUAACAUUAACGUGCCAUGUUGUUGAAAGGUGCUGUACAAAUAAGUUUGCCUUGUCCUUUUAUGGUCAAAAAAAUCAUUGUCAGUCUUUGGGCCUGACACUAACAAUCGGUUUUCCAGUUAAUGUAUCAUCACUUCCUUAUUGCUCAUCAAUUGAGUUGGAUAACAGAUACUUCAUGAUAAGAUAAAGUUCCAUGUUAGAUGGGAUGUUAAAAAUUAACAGUUCUUUAACAAAAACAUCAUAAGACAUCAGUCAGAGUUUAGAAGACAGAGACACUGAAUCAACGUGGAAGAUGAAUUUGACCAUGUUAUGGUUUGUUUUGCUGCUCUGUGGCUUGAUUUCAGCCCAGGAUGAUGGUACUGCUACUGUAACAGAAAAUCCUAAUGAAAUACAGUCAUGCUCUCCUGACAUGUGUGAUCUCCUGGUGGAGUUUGGUGCCAUGAGAGAAAAACUCAGAGCAAUGGAAACCAGGCUAGAAGACAGCGAAACCAGGCUGAGGAACAGUGAAACCAGGCUGAGGAACAGUGAAACCAGGCUGAGGAACAGUGAAACCAGGCUGAACGAGAGUGAAACCAGGCUGAGGAACAGUGAAAACCAGAUUCUGGAGCUGAGGAACAAAGAAGGAACCAAGGUGAUAUUCAGUGCAGUAGUAGGUAGAGGAGAUAAAGCCAUUGGACCCUUCAACACAGACAUAACUCUAAUCUACAGAAGAGUGAUCACAAACAUUGGUAAUGCCUACAGUCAAUCCACAGGUAUCUUCACUGCACCUGUUGCAGGUGUUUAUUAUUUUAACAUCUUCUAUCAUGCUGGACGAGCACAUGCGUCAGGGCUGCAUCUGUAUAAAAACAGCCAGGUGAUGGUCAUGACAGGUCAUCAGCAGUCAGACAAUGACAAACCAGAUAAUGGAGGAAAUGCAGUGUUUCUGCAGCUUCAGCGAGGAGACCAGGUUUAUGUGCGCUUGGUUGCAAAUGCAUAUGUUUGGGGAUCUGACUAUGAUACAACAUUCAAUGGUUUUUUGGUCACUCAGAUUUGAGAUUCAAUACACGGUUUCCAUUUUACAUGACAAUAACUUUGCAUAUCACAGCAAACAGAAUUCAGUUUUUAUUUAGAUUACUCUCAGUGCUUAAAGCAAGAAAAUAACUUUCAAUUAAAUGAAGGCAAUACAGAAGUCCUUGUAUUUGGCAACAGCAGGGAGGAACUAACAUCAUUGCUUUGCUUGACUCAACACAAGAAAUUUUGGUCAUUUAAUGACACAGAUCUGAGCCUCAGCAGCCAGUUCUUCAGUUCAGCAUAAAGCUAGCCCAUACACAGCACUGAUUUCAGAAUAGUCAGUUCACAUUUGUUUGUACAUGAAGUGAACACCUCUAUGUUGCAACAGUCUCUCAUGUGAUCUCUCAAAUAAGACAACUUCAGAACAAUGAGAGCUCUGCUGAGCUGAGCACAAAACUCCUGUUCUUACACUUUCUCUCUGGCUUCCAGUUACUUAUGAAAGAUUAUAAAGUUCUGUUGCUGGAAUUGCCUUUGUGUUUAAAAGGUAUCAUAUAAAUAAAGCUGCUUCAUCUUGUUUAUUCAUUCCUGCUUGAAGAUUAAUAAUAAAAUCAUUUCAUGAAUA